CCCGCGACUUAAGAAAACAUAACCGCCAUUCCUGAACGUUUCUGCGUCCUUUCCUUCUUCCUCCAAGAAGAGGCAUUCCCUCUCUGGAAUGCGCUUCUUCUGAGUUCGGUUUUUAGCGUUUCGCUAGCUCUAGAUUAAUUUCUCUUUACACAAGCUCGAGAAGAGUUUCGCGUCGGUGGCUAGGGAGUUACUGUUAUCGGGGGGUGAUUAACAAUGACGGUCACAUCCAAAAUCUCCAUUAAUGACGGGAACCUUCUUGUUCAUGGGAAGACCAUCCUGACUGGGGUUCCAGAUAACAUUGUCCUGACUCCAGGUUCAGGUGUGGGGCUUGUUUCUGGUGCUUUCAUUGGUGCCACUGCUUCAGAUAGCAAGAGCCUUCAUGUCUUCCCUGUGGGUGUGUUACAGGGUCUUCGAUUCAUGUGUUUGUUCCGGUUCAAGCUAUGGUGGAUGACACAUAGAAUGGGAACAUGUGGGAGUGAUGUUCCUUUGGAGACACAAUUCAUGCUUGUGGAGAGCAAGGAUGAUGCUGAAGGAGGUGAUGAAGAUAAUGCCCCAACCAUCUACACUGUCUUCCUUCCUCUCCUUGAAGGCCAGUUCCGUGCUGUCCUGCAAGGCAAUGAAAGGAAUGAGUUAGAGAUAUGCCUUGAGAGUGGAGAUAACGCUGUUGAAACAAACCAAGGGCUUUACCUUGUUUACAUGCAUGCCGGUACCAAUCCUUUUGAAGUUAUCAAUCAGGCUGUAAAGGCAUUAGAGAAACACAUGCAAACCUUCCUUCAUAGAGAGAAGAAGAAGUUUCCUUCUUUUCUUGAUUGGUUUGGCUGGUGCACUUGGGAUGCUUUUUACACUGAUGUCACUGCUGAAGGGGUUGAAGAAGGACUUAAAAGUCUAUCAGAGGGAGGAACUCCUCCACGAUUUCUCAUAAUUGAUGAUGGUUGGCAGCAGAUUGAGAAGAAGCCAAAAGAAAGUGACAGUGUUGUACAAGAAGGAGCUCAGUAAGAUCUCUCUCUUUCUCUAUGACAUGGAUUUGAAAUGUUUGGCAUGUCAUUAGCUUGACCUAGAUAAUAAAACCUUCUCCAUAUUUAUGGUAAUCCUAAUUUGGUGUUAGAAGUUUAGUUUGGGACCACUAUGAAGUGCCAUUCAUAAUUGACUAAACUGUCAUAGGAUUU